UGAAAUGAUGUUGUGUAGUAAAUGACUUUCAGAAAUGAAUAGAAGGGCUUUGAAACAUCUGCUGACGUUACACACGGCAGAAUAAUAAUAUCCAGUUGACCACGAAUCAUAUCUUGUUCAACAUUUAAUAUAAUCUUUAUACACAGAAAGUCCUCUUUUUCUCUGUUCUAUUCCAGUCUGACAGGGAGUGUGUACGUAUGGAUGGAUGGAUGGAUGGAUGGAGAGCUCUACGGUAGGUGGCUGUACGCGCACAGUGAUCCGGUGCGCAAAGAUCUCCGGCGAGCCCAAGGAAGCUUCACGUUUAGUCCCGUGAAUGAAAACACCGACUGCGAGGCAUCAGAAAGACAUCUAGCUGUUUCUCUAAGCCACGUUUCCGCGCAGUUAUUCGUUUAGUUUCUCGAUUUCGGAUUGUUGGACUCCGGAGGGACACUUGGAAAGACUUUAUCCACCUGAGUCUCGUGCGCCGCCGGAUACCUGCCGUGAAUUUCACCUCGCGUCGCGCAAUGUUCAUCUGAUCCGGCUCGCCUUCUCGCGCAAAGUGGAUUUUUUUGCGCUCGAUCGUUCUGUGGGUCCGUCCGCGCGCGCGUGUUUGUGAGUGUGUGUGUGAGAGAUUGCGCGCGCGUGUGUUUCUCUGAAGAUCAGACUCGCUCCUCCUGGAUCGGGUGUUUUCUCACUGCGAUCUGUUUCCAUGUCUUUAGGUUUAUGUGAUAUUUCUAAAAUGCAUCAUCACCAUCAUCAUCACCAUCAUCAGAGAAUGGCCGCGUUGGGGUCGGAUAAGGAACUUAGCGAUUUACUGGAUUUCAGCGCGAUGCGAAACAGCGAUUUGAAAAUGUUCCCCACACCAAUGAUGUUUUCACCUCCUGUCAGCAGUGGAAAGAACGGACCGACGUCUCUGGCCAGUGGACAUUUCUCAGCUUCAAAUGUUGAAGAGAGACCGAGUUCGUCCUGGGGAAAUGGAGUAAGGACCGCAAAGAAUUACGCAGACGGCUCACAGUACAGUCACAUGACCAGCCGGGACCUGGGGUCACAUGACAACAUUUCUCCUCUGUACGUCAACUCCAGAUUAGCAGGUAAACCAGAACGAGUGUCGUAUUCUUACGGACGAGACUCCAGCAUACACGGCUGUCAUCAGUCCGGUCUCAUGGGAGGUGAGGUGGGAAUGGUCAGUCCUGAGACGGUGUCGCCCACCAAACUGGGAUCCCAGUAUUACCAGCAUUACACGGGAAACCCGCGGCGACGAGCCCUGCACACCGACCCCAUGGAAGUCCAAACGAAAAAAGUGAGGAAAGUUCCUCCAGGAUUACCCUCUUCAGUGUACGCCCCUUCAGCCAGCACUGCCGAUUAUAACCGUGAUUCACCCGGUUACCCGUCCUCAAAAGCACCAGGCAGCAGCUUCCCCACGUCUUUCUUUAUGCCAGAUGGUCAUCACAGUUCAGAUCCAUGGAGUUCAUCAGGCAGUAUGAAUCAGAGCGGAUACAACAGCAUGCUGGGAAACUCGGCACACGCGUCUCAGAGCAGCAGUUACUGCGGCAUACAUCCACACGACAGACUCAGUUACCCGUCACACUCGUCGGCUGAGAUUAACCCCAGUCUUCCUCCCAUGUCCAGUUUCCAUCGCAGCGGCGGCUCGAGUCACUACAGCACCGCCUCCUGCUCGGCCACCACCAACGGAACAGAGAGCACCAUGGCCAAUCGAGCGUCGAGUGCAGCGGCCAGCAGCUCACAGACGGGUGAUGCGUUAGGAAAGGCUUUGGCUUCAAUCUAUUCUCCCGAUCACACCACCAACAGUUUCCCAUCAAACCCGUCCACUCCAGUGGGAUCGCCCCCCUCGCUCGCAGCUGCCAGUACGGCUGUAUGGUCGAGGAACGGUCAGGGAGCUUCAUCCCCGAGCUAUGAACCACCUCUGCACACUCUGCAGAGCCGUAUCGAGGACAGACUGGAGCGUCUAGAUGAUGCCAUCCACGUGUUGAGGAGUCACGCGGUGGGACCGUCCACGGCGAUGGCCGGCGCUCACGCAGACAUGCACGGAUUGAUCGCUUCAUCUCACUCUCAUAACGGAGCCAUGAGCGGUCUGAGCUCGGGAUACAGCUCAGGACUGCUGUCUGCUAACAGACACUCACUCAUGGUGGGUGGUCAUCGCGAGGAUGGUGUUGGUUUGAGGAGUGGUCACUCCAUCGGGUCCAGUCAGGUUCCAGUACCGCAACUCCCUGUGCAGUCAGCCACCUCCCCCGACCUCCAGCCCGACCCCUACAGAGCUCUGUCGGCGGGUCUGCAGGGUCACAGCACCUCAUCUGUGAGCUCAGAGAUUAAAUCAGAAGAUGAAGGAGACGAGAAUCUCCAGGACAGUAAAUCUCUGGACUCCAAGAAAGAAGACAUGGACAGCAAGGAUCUCAAAGGAUUAGAGAGGUCAAGAUCUAGUAAUAAUGAUGAUGAGGAUUUGACUCCGGAGCAGAAACUGGAGAGAGAGAAGGAGCGGAGGAUGGCCAAUAACGCCCGCGAGCGUCUGCGUGUGCGUGACAUCAAUGAAGCGUUUAAAGAACUGGGACGUAUGGUGCAAAUUCACCUCAAGAGCGACAAACCACAGACUAAACUGCUCAUACUGCAUCAGGCCGUUGCUGUCAUCCUGAGUCUGGAACAACAGGUCCGAGAGCGGAACCUCAACCCCAAGGCGGCGUGUUUGAAGAGACGAGAAGAGGAGAAAGUGUCGUCGGACGGCCCUCCUCUCUCAUUGGCCGGUGCCCACCAUGGCAUGGGCGAGACGUCCAAUCCCAUGGGACAAAUGUAAAGAGCCACACCCCCAGAAUGGUCAAAGCUGCCAGAGUUCAUCAAAAUGGCGACCAAUCACUUCUUCUGACAGUCCGAAAAAAUCAAUCAAACUUCCAUCUGAUCCUCCAACUUCAACUGUCCUCUUCUUCACCGGAUCACAGCAUCUGUACGGAUUUACUGUAAAUUAUGGAAAACUGGCAGAGCCGCAUGGAGUCAUCAUCCGUAUCUUCCUCCUGCUCAAACAAAAAAGAAGAGGCUUUCACCGAACACAAUACGGACAGCAGUGGAUUCCUCAAACAUAUCAUGAUGAUGUAAGAACAGCCCUCUGAUUUCAAUGGCAAUCUUGUCCACACUGUGGGACUUCUGUAGCUGUGCCUCACGGGACGUCUGAACGACCAACACAUUGAUCACAUUCUCUAGUGUGGGGCUUUAAAUCGACAACGGGAUGGGAUCAGGUUGUAGAAUUUCACAAAAUUGCUCAAAUAGUUGCAAUAAUGAUGUGUGUUGUUUUCGAAGGUUAGUGAGAAAACGUGGUUUUUGGUGAGUAAAAUUUGACAGGGACGACAAAGUGUUUCGAAACCAGCAAGACCCCGACAGUGACAAUUUAUGGUGUGUUUCUUCACCACGAUAGAACAGGUUUGUCAUCAAACGCUGACUAUCAGUGAGCUAAACUUUGCUCUCAUAGACCCGAAGGUCUCGGUUUAUGAGCAGACGUGUGCGCAGAUGGCCACACCCCGUUCAACAGAAGAUGGUCCCACCGGUGAUCUCUCCUGUUUAACCCCCCCCCGCAAGGAGCCCCAAGAUGCAAUUUUCACAAGACUUAACUCCAACCGAUGUGCCUUUUAGAGCUCAUAUCAUCACACGACUCAUUAUCAGAACUUUCUAGAAUGCAAGCGUAGGAAACGUUAGUCUUUAGGUCUAUGCAGACAGGUAUUUUAUGGCCUGGACUUUAAAAAAAAAGUAAAAAGGUAAAAAAAGUAUUUUUUGGAUAAACUGUAUUUAAUGUACUGUAUGCCUAUAUGUAAUUAGUAGGUGUGUCCACCCCUCGUGGCCCCGCCCAUAACCCCGCCCACAGCCCGUCACUGUUGUUAUUGAGCGUUGUAUUAUAGCUAUCGGCUUUUAUGAAGACUGGCUUGUUGUUGAGCCGCUGUAGUCCACAGUACACACGUGUGUGGUUAUAUGUGUAAAAUGUUUCAUUUUUCUUUUGUUUUGAUAUUUUUAUGGUAUGUCUGAGCUGGUUUCUUUUGCAAAAAGAAAAAAUGGAGAGAAAAAACAAGAAAGCAGCCGCACACGUCUGGGCAGUGUUUCUGAAAAAAAUGUCUAUUGGAAAAAAAACCAUAUAUAUAAAUGUAUAAAUCUAUACAGUAUAUAAAGCGAGGCCUGGAGUUUUUUGGAAGGAGUGUGGACGUGAAGUGGAUUUUCUUUAUUUCCGUAAAGCGGAGAACUCUCGUCCCUCGAGGAGACACGUGACUCUUUCGUACCGAUGCCUCCGCGGGACCGAAGGGUCGUCCGCUCUCGUCCAAGAGAGACGACCGCCGCCGCGCCUACAAGGCAAAUGUGGACAUUUGUAAAUUGUAUGCAACAAAUGCGAACUUACCAUUAUUUUGAAAUUGUGUAUGUAAAAGUUAUAUUUUUACAUGUAGGCUGUUGUUAUUUUGUGUUUAGAAAAUGCGUUGUAUUCUUUUUUUUCUUUGUUACGAGACGAAAAAAGAACUCAUUGCGUGUUGAAACGUGUCACAUUGAAAAUGUAGUAAGGUCAAAAGCAAAAAACGAAAACAAAAAAACGUUCUGUUUAUAUUUCUGGGAACAUUUUUCUUUUGUAAACGUGGGGGUGGGGCUAGGGAAUCAAAGCUAUACGAUCAUUCUCUCGACCUCUUUCAUCGUUUCAUUGUCAUUUUUUAUUGUAUUUCUGUAAAUAGAAUCACGAGCUGAGGGUUCGGGACACUUUUUAACCUGCCAGUGAUCAUGUGACCAACAAUCAGAUCAUCGUUUUCAUGAUAAUCACUUUUGUAAAGAAACAUCAGUGACAGAAUCGACUCGACUUGUUUUUAGUGAUGGUGGUUCAUAAUGACGGCUAAACGUUUCUUUGUGUUUUUUCCAAAACAAAAUGAAAAGUGUCAUGAAUCUUUAUGCAUUAUUUGCAGAUGCAGAUUAUUCCACCACAAUCCUGAUGUGGCACAUGUGUACUUCAGCAUCGCUUCAGUCCUGAUGGUGUUUUUGUCCUUUCGCUCAGUUUUCCGAAACAUCUGAAGUUGUGUUUUGCCAGUGCUGAAGAUGUUUGAAUACUUCUCUUGUGCUCAUCACCUUGUUGUAGCUGAUUUGAAUUCCUACGAUGACAGUGGAAAGAUGAUGAUGUUUCCUCUCGGUUGUUCAUAAUGUACAUACUUGUUAUUGCUUUUAUUAACUGAUUUGUUUUUGGUUUGUUUUUUAAGUCAAAUGCGAAACUGAACUGUGUAAGCGACAGUUUUCCAUCGAGCCGUGGGCAGCGUGAACUCUUCAGUGCUCCUCAGAUUGUGAGAUAAAGAUUAUUCCAGACGCCGCUGCUCGUUUUUGUGAGCGGUUUGUACCGGAGCUCGUCGUGCUUUGUGUCCUCUGAGUUUUUGGAGAAAUACGUUUUCUUUUUGUCACUUGAGUGUGAUUUCAAUAAAGAGAGCCGUUCUAGGACGCUUCUGCUCUUCGGUUACACCAUCACCCCAUUCAAAACCAUUACCACAAAAAUACUGACUUAUUAUUGCAAACUUUAAUCGUCGGUCUUGCACUGAGGUUGUUUGAUGACCUUCUGAGAUUCAGAUGUCACGUUCAAUUGAGUGGAGAUGAACGUAUAAAUGUGAAAAUGACCAAGUUCAAAGCAGCACAAAGAGAAAUCUGCAAAGAAAAUAAUGAAAAUUAAAGCAAGAGAAAUAACUGGAGUGUUUGCAGUUAAAUGUGUGUCAUGUAUGACUCAUGUGUGAACUGAGGCCUUUUCCAUCCUCUCAUGACAAACACCACAGAAGCGCUCGUCUCUGUUUUAAAACGUCAAACUUGAUCUGGUGUAUUCUGAGAGGCAGUUCUCUCGAAAACAAUUGACAAAACUGGAGGAUACCACAAAAAGAAUUUCACUUUGUAGUUUUGUGGAAUCAUAUGUUAUGUUUGUUGCUUUGUUUUAUUAUUUAAAGACAUCUUUACUGUCCGAUGUGUGUGUCAUAAAUCUUUAAAGCAUAAAUGUUGUGUGGUUGUGUUUUCAAGCUUACGUUCUUCAUUUUUGAUUUGAUGUUAUUGUUUCAUCAUCCAGCAUCCGUUGUUUUUUCUCGUCCUGUAGUUAUUCAGUGUUGUUGUGUACAUACAGUAACAUCUCCAGCAAUAAAUGUGCCAUUUUAAUGAC